GCUUGUUUUUGUGUGGAAAAUCCCAGUAAAAGUUGAUGGUGAAUGUCCUCCGUUCACAUGAUCACAACAGAUAUGAAGCCAGUAGAGAAAGAACUUGUAUGGUAGCUUUGCAUUAUGUUUAGCUGGCGUUUUGGAGAGAAUGGUACGUGUUUAGGCUGAUAAUUUGACUUUGUUUUAAUGUCUUAAUUUUUUUUUAGGCAUAAGGUGUCUGGCUCAUAAGUACUUUCUGUUUUUUAAUGGUAUGAUCUAAUUUCUACCAGAUAAUUUUGGACUGCUCUGUACUGUGUAACAAAUAAGCAAGAGCCUGGUAAUUUCCAGCUCAGCUGGGGAGCAGGAAAGGAACAAUUUGCCCAUUGCUGAGUGAAAGUGCAGAAAUGCGAGCAGGAAAAAUGUGCAAUAAUAUGUUGAACCCCAAGAACCUCGCUGGGCUUCUGAGAGUUUGUAGCUAAUGGUUCAGUGAGGGGGAGUGUUGCUCUUAAUAUCUGAAUGUUGUGGCUUCUGUGUUUAAUACAAAGGUAAGACACUGGCAUUCAGGUUGUACACUCAAGUGACUGCCCUGUCUCCAGACAGGGCCUGUUUCUGCGUAGGGAGGAUUACUUGUAUCCGUAGGGAUGGGAAAAAUGGGAGCUACAGCUUUGUGUCUGUUGGCGAAUAUCUAUUUAUGUACUCACAGCUCCUUUUCAGAUAGAACACAAACCUGGAAAGCUAAUGGGGCUGUGAUCCAGGUUUGACAGAUGAUGUGGAGUUUGAUGCUACAGAUGCCUGAGGUUUCUUUUGAGCACAUUUCACCAGGUUACUUCCCAACUUCUGCUGCUGCAGGGGCAGCGCUCAGGCCUCUUUGGUUUUCCUGCUUCCCCUUACAGCCAGGCACUUCUACAAAGAACUGCAGCAAGCAGGAUUAUUUGAAAGGAUACCUGAACGCUGCCUGGUAAAGAAAGCCAAAAAGCAAAGAUAUUUGUUAGCAGAACAAUCUGGAUCUGAAAUUUAAGACAAAAACGACUUGUUCUGUAUUUUCAGAGCUUAAAGAGCUGACGUUGGUGAUAUUUAUGUACUUUAUUACAUCUUUUUCUGAACAGAAACUCAACUAUUUUAUCCUCAUACCAACUUAAAUCCUAAUGAAAUACUUCUGUCCCCUGACAAAAAGCUGGAGUGUUUCACUAUUCACACCCUUCAUCCUUUCCAAAGUCUCCAAUGGUGCAAAUGUGAUUUGAAAGAAACCUCAGUUUUCAUUGCUGUGAACUUUUCCCGAGCCCCCCUCGGGGGAGCAGAGGGCUCCUGGAGGAGGUCGGGUCUGCGCAGCUCAAAUCCGUGGAGGAUGUUGGCCUUGGCUGCCAAAGGAGGCUCUCAUGGAAGACCGUCCCAGUUUUAACAGAAAGUUGUGCCAGCAGAGACCACCCACAGCUCCUAGUCCACCUCUGUAAGUAUUACACACAGAAAACAGCGAUGCUGCGGAGCCUCUCUGCCUCUGCUUCAGAGCAUUUUAGCUUCAAAAGAUUGAGACACUUGUUCUCCCCUGUGCCCACUCUGGGAAGGCAACCGCCGCCCUCCACGCCGAGGAUAGAGCACAGCCCUCGAGCGCUCUGCUUGGUUAGGGGGUAGCUGCCCCAAUGGCCCCUCUGUUAUUUCCUGUGCCGUAGGAUGGCUGGCCAGAGGGGAGGCAUUCCAGGAGCAUCCCUGUGUCCUCUGGGAAGGGUUGGCCAACAAGCGCGUGUGUGUGCGCUGCCCUGGCAGGGUGAUGGGCGCUAACGGCUGGGCUGCCUAUGGGGUUAGGCACAGAUUUUAGAGGGUGGAGCUGCCUUCAGGAGGAGGUGUGCUCCGCAGUCGAGACAGUGAGCCUCUGCUGGGCUCUGCACUCUCUCUAUUCACUUGCUGGUGUGAAGGAAACUUUUUUUUUUUUCUAAUAACCUGACUGGACAAAGUUUUUAUUAUCCCAGUGAAAUUUCUGAGUUAUUUCGUACUUUGAAGAGUUUUAAGAAUUCCUGCUGACGCUUUUCCUGAGGGAAGCCAUGCCCUACCACAGAGUCCUUUGCCUGGUCCUGCUAACGCUCUGCGGCGUCCUGGUCCCUGCUGCGCUGGCAGGUAAGGAGCUUUGUUUGCAUUUAAAGCCCAAAAGCAUGGGAGAGCUUUUACUAACUGUCUCUCCUUUCCUUGCGUACCUCCUUUCCCACCUGUAAGUAUUUAUUGAGUCAUGGAAAUGCUUUGGAGUCUGGUGGCAAGUACGAAUAUUUUCUCCAUCCUCAAACCUUGUUUCUGUGGAGGAAAAGAAAGAAAAUAUGUGUUUUUUUCCAAAGCUGAACAGCAGUAGCACCUACGGGAGCAUUUGUGGCGUUUCAGGAGACAGGGCAGGAAAAAUUUCUGUCUGGCUCAAGCGUGUGUGCGAAUUUCUGGUUCCUUCUAUGUUUUUUUGCUACGGCAAAGCCCUUUGCAACUGCUCUAAGUAGCAAUAGGAACGUGUCUGUGACAACCCUUGGCUUGGUCAAAGGCUGCAGUGUCUAAGCUGAGGUUGUCUGGUACGAGGCAGGCGGCAGCUCCAAGAAGCCACACGGCUCUCACUGGAGUUGAGUGAGGUGAUGGAAAUGGUCGGUGUCAGACAUAUAUUCCAUGAGGGGCUGUUUUAAGGGGUUGGUUAGUGAUUCCAGCCUUAGCUGCUCCCGGCUUUAGCACAGCUAUGCUGGCUGAAGGGGACCAAGGGUACAGUCGGCCUCAGAGGCAAGCUGGGCUGAGCUGGGCUUUGCCGGGGAAAACUGGAUUCCAGUCCAACUCCGUGGAUGAGCUCUGAGUGUACGGGUGGGAACUCCUAUGGGGAACUGCCUUCCCUCGGGGCCUCUUUCCUGAGUGCAGGUGAGGAUGAAGGGAUGGCUCAGGCCAAGAUAACAGCACAGCACUUGUUUUUUCCAAACUCUUCGUUUGCCUUCCAAGACCUGGAGCAAGGCUGGAUUCCAGUUCCCUCUCAGGUUGGUCUCAGCGUCUUGCCUAGCAAGGAGAUCCUGGCCAGCAGUCUAGUAGAGUAAAUGAUUUAUUUUUAAAGGAGCUUUCCUACAGGUAGGAGAAUUUACUGCUGCGCAGAGCUUGACCAUGCACGGGUGCAAGAACAGGACCCCUGUAGCUGGUAUUUUCCCCCACAGAGCCUCCCCUUCUAGGACACCUCUCUGGGACAUCUUUAAAGUAACUAACAAAUGCGCACUAAAAAGCAGGUGUUUUCCUUCUUAAACCCUGAACUUUGGUUUUUCUGUAGUGGAAGGUUAAUUGCUUAAGCACAGUUUCAGUUUGUCGCUUGCUUGCGCUCCCAGAGUGGCUUUCCCAAAACCAGGUAAGGGUUUUUAACUGUUAACAGUAUUUCACUCUGCAGAAAUUGGUUCAUUUCCAGUGAAAAUUUCAUCUGCUUCCUCUCUGAGCUAGGAUUUCUUUGACGCUACCUGAAGUUUCCAGUAUUCGGUGCUUAUUUGCUCUGUCUCCUGCCUUGCCAGCUUUCCUGUGUACUUGCUCUUGGCUCGGUGUCGCAGCCAUGAUUUGUACCAAACUGUCUCUGCCUCCCUGUGUCACUUUGCCCCAUGAAAUACUCCCAGUUCGCUUGAUUCCUUUACUGGCGAGUCAGAGUGGGGCAGCGAGGCCAGGAGCUCCUGAAGAGCUUGGUGCUGAUGAAGGCCACAUUCUGAUCCUGGAGCAUAGGAGACCCCCUGUGCUUUCUCUGUCACAUUUUAGAGGCUUGAGGCCCUCUGAAGCUUGUUCUUCUCUGCUACCUCAUAGCAGGACAUGAGGAAACCAGCCCGUAUAGUCAGCCAUCCCCAGAGCAGGAGGAUUUUCUGCUGCAUUAGGAGUUGGGGAGGUAUCCCCUCCCCCCCCCGAGACAGGCGCACAGUGGAAUUUUUUUCUGCUUUCCACCCCUUUAGAAAAGGAAAUUUCUUGCCUUGUGCAGACAAAGAAGGGAAGGACACCCAGACAGCGCUCUGGUCUCUGUGCAUACACAUGCAGCCCUGCCUUUCUGUAAACAAGUUUAUUUAACAUUCACGAGAACCGCAGUGCUGUGCGCUGCCCCACACUCGCGCUCCUGCGCUCGCCCAUCACAGGCUGCCCUUUGUGCUCCCUGUGAAGGCCUCUUUUCAUCCGUGCGCUGGCCCGGCGCCUGCUGUGGCUACCUGGGGCUGGACAGCCCGGUGCUGGCCUCGGAGUUCACCCAGCCCCUGCCCUCCCGUGUCAGCACCUCGUACUUAACGUAGCAGAGCCCACCAUGGUGAGCAGAAGGGGAGCCUGCCUUGGAGAGGGCCGCAGCUGACCCUGGCCAUGCGCACCUGAGGUCUGGAAUGAGCCUUUCCUGCCUUCUUGGAUUUAAUUCUAUCGCAGUGGUGACACGGGGCUACCUGGUACCAAAACCCUGGGCAGAGUACCCGCAGGGCCCGGUUCCCACCCUCUGGAACGAACCACCCGAGCUGCCCUCUGGCGCCGGCCCCUUCGAUGCCGCCACCACCACGGCUCGGCUGUCGGAUGCCACCGCCUUCCCCCCGUACACCUCCGAGCUGGAGCCCGAGGACACCACCCACCUGCACCGGCUGGACACCGGGGAUGGCUCGCUGGGGCCUGGAGCUAUCGGUGCCAUUGUCAUCGCCUCCCUCCUGGGUACGUCUGUGCUUGUGGCCUUGGUUGUCAUCACGCUGAGAAAGUUCUCUGCCUCCUGAACUCAAUAAAAGAUUUUGCUGUAACACA